AUGAGCACCUCCCACUCGCAGACCCACUCGUGGGGCGAGACGCGCACGCCAGAGUCGGAGAUCGUGGACAACGACCCGCCGUUCCCGAAUCCGCCGGCGCCGGCGCCGGCGAUGAUGGUGCCCAAGAAGGAGUGGGUGGACGACGGCAGCGACAGGACCAGCGACCUGUUCGUGGAUCUCAGCUACGACGACAUCCAGGGCAUGUACAGCGGCCUCGACAUGCUGCCGCCGGCCGGCGAGGACUUCUACUCCUCGCUCUUCGUGUCGCCCAGGGUCAGGGGGAACCAGCCCACCGGAACCGCGGGGUUGGGCCCCUUCUGA